UGUUAAUUACAAUUCCUGGCACGACGCUUAUCCGUGUAUCAAAUGUCAGUGACAGUGCCAAGUCUUAGUUUGGAGAAGUGUUAUAACCCAAAUAGUACCCUGUUAUUUCCAAAUAAUGACGACCCACAGUGACAGGUUAAUAGCCGGAUUAAAGGAUUUGUAUGAAUCUCAAGAAUUAAUAGAUGUUAUCUUAGUAGCAGACGAUAGACAUGUUCCUUGUCACAGAAAUAUACUGGCGGCAUGUAGCCCUUAUUUUAGGGCUAUGUUCACCAUGGAGGUUUGUGAAAGUGACAAAAGGACAAUCCAGUUACACGAAAUCAGUCCCGUAACAUUGACUACAAUAGUAGACUAUAUCUACACUGGACAAGUGGACAUAAACAAUUCGAAUGUCCAAUCUCUACUCACGGCAGCAAAUAUGAUGCAAAUCGAAAGUCUGACAAAUUUGUGUAUUGAACACACAGGGUCACAAGUGGACGUUGACAAUUGUGUCGAUGUUUUUAGUUUGGCAGAUGUCAAUGGGUUGGAGCAACUGAAGUCCACCACAAAACAGUUCAUUUUUGACCAUUUUGAAGAUGUGGCUCAAACGGACACGCUAUCAUUGAUUGACCUCGAUUUCAUGCUGGAAUUAAUGGCUGCCGACGAACUGAACACAGAAAAGGAAGAACGUGUAUUUGAGGUUUUGGAGCGCUGGGUGGAAUUUGAUUAUGAAGCACGUUCAAGAUAUUUUCCGAUUAUGUUUCAAUUGAUAAGACUACCACUUAUUGAAAAGGAUAUUCUUACCUCUAUUUUGGCCACCAACAGAUUGAUACGUGGUCAUCCAGACUGCCAGGAUUUGCUUGUUAGUGUGAUCAACAAGUCUACGUGUAGCUCAAGAAUAAAUUCGACGCUCAGAAAAGGAAUGUUUACCCGAAAAAUGUUGAUAUUUUCUGGUGGCACCAUUCAUGAAAACACGCGCUCAUUUACAUGUUUUGAUCCAGACACGCGCAAAAACUACAUCGGCAUUGAGCAGCAGCCGACAUUCGAUUCUCAGUUUAAAGUUGAUUAUUUUAAACUAAUCGUGGCUAAAGAUGCUACUAUUUUAUUCCUUGGUGGUAUUCUGUAUGAUAAGCAGAAACUGGAUGAACACUGCGCUGCAUUGACGACAGUUUAUAAAUAUGCGCAACAAGAACGCUCAUGGCUGACUUGUUCACCAAUGCAGCAGGGACGGUGCUCCUUUGCCGUCUGCAGUUAUCACGGGCGUGUUUAUGUGUUAGGUGGCGCUGCAUCUUAUCCACGUGGUCGCGCCAUUGAUCAUGUAGAGUUCUACGACACAGAAAUGGACACUUGGCAGAAAGUGGAACCGAUGCCCUUGGGCAUUAGUCAUCAUGCCGCGGCAACGUUUAGUGACUUCAUUUAUGUACUCGGGGGUAUCGACGAUGAUAAUGCUUAUCUCAACACCGUUUUGAUGUAUUCCAUUUCACGUGAUACUUGGACGCUUGUUCAGACGGAAUUGCUCAGGCCACGGGCUGACGGCAAUGCUGUUACUUAUCACGAAAAGAUUUAUCUGCUAGGCGGCGCCGAUAAACUUGCAAAUAACGUUACAAUGGAGAUAUAUGAUCCGGUUAGAAAUCGUUGGAGCUACGGGGCAGAUUUUCCAGAAGAGAGAAAAAUAAUGGCGUCAACGUUGUUCAGCGAUUGCAUAUAUGUCAGCGGCGGUUUCAAAUCUUUGCCCACGAGACCCGGUCAUUACCGACGGAGCCGAACAGUUGAAACACGAGACUUGUUUAAAUAUGACCUGAUGUCUAGUAAAUGGAGUCGUGAGGUCAAGAUGAUCCAGUAUGGCAGUAGCACCUGCUGUGUUGCGGCUACACUGAACAUAAAUUAUUUAAGCGAAAGUGAAUUUAUUAGUCAGGAAUGAACCACAAUAUCUUCAUCUUUGGUUUUUAUAUUAUUGUUUACACUACCAUGUUAUAAAAAGUUAAUAAGCCUACCGCCUUCCUU